AUGACUCUACCCAGUAAUACACUAAUUCUUGACAAUGGUGCCUACACAAUAAAAGCGGGUUUCCCUAAUGACGAGUGUUUAUCCAUUCCAAAUUGCUUGUGUCGGUCAAAGGAUGGAAAUCGAUUAUUUCUCGGUGAUGAAAUUUCGGUGUGCAAGGAUUUCAGUUCACUCCAAUUCAAACGAGCUCAUGAAAAGGGCUAUGUAACGAAUUGGUCUACAGAAAUUUCUCUCUGGGAUCAGACAUUCCAGCGUCUUGGAAUACAGGAUCAAAAAAUGAAUGGUCAUUCCCUUGUUUUGACGGAAGCACCCUUUACAAUGCCGAGUAUACAAAUGAAUACCACUCAGGUCGUAUUUGAAGAGUUUGAGUUUGACUCAUUAUUUACAGGGUUGCCGGCAGAGUUUGUUGCAUGGAACGAUUUACGUUCUGCAUUCAAAGAACCGAAAGAAUGGGGUGCGUAUAAGGACUGUGUGCUUGUCAUCGAUAGUGGCUAUAGCUUUACACACAUCAUUCCUGUCAUGAAUGGUAUCGCAAUGGAGCAAGGCAUUCGCCGAAUUGAUCUCGGUGGACGCUUUUUAACAAACUACUUAAAAGAAAUAAUCUCUUACAGAAAGUUCAACAUGAUGAAGGAUUUCUAUUUGGUGAACGAGAUUAAGGAGGCCACGUGUUUUGUCUCUCAGAACUUGAAGAAGGAUAUGGAAAUGGGACGUCGAUUGCGACGUAAUCCACUACAAAUGUUCUAUGCUUUGCCUGACUACAGUUCCGGUCGCAUGGGUGGAGUUAUUUCGUCCACGUCCGCUGCUGACGCUCGUGAGCAACAGAUUCUUGGUUUGUGUACCGAGCGUUUUGUGACUCCCGAACUACUUUUUUCUCCGAGUGACAUCGGUAUGCACCAAUCAGGAAUUCCAGAAACCGUAAUGCAGUCUUUGGAGCAGUUUCCUGAGGAUCUGGCAGCAUUGUUUUUGGCGAAUAUCGUUUUAGUCGGUGGAAAUGUGAAAUUGCCGGGGUUCAGAACAAGAUUUGAAGCAGAGCUACGAGCAUUAGCUCCUUCAACAGCGCAAGUUCGCUCCUAUUUACCAAAAGACGCGAUAACUUUUGCUUGGCAGGGAGCCGGUUCUAUGCCAAUGGAAUUUUUCCAGCUUGGUUCUGUUUCACGGCAUGAAUUUGCUGAACAUGGAAUGAAUGUUUUCCGAAGAAAAAAAAUGUCGCUCCGUCUUGAUGCACAUAAAUGA